AAACCUAUAUAUGUAUUCUGUGUAAGAGAAUACAUACAUAGACUGUGCGGGUAAGAGAAAGGGAUACGAAGAUUGUGCGUUUGCGGGUAAGAGAAAGGGAUACGAAGAGUGUGGAAGUUUAACGAUUGUCGAUCUUCAUCAUGAGCUAUUUCCUGAAAAGGGUUGCAGAUUCUAAGCGAAGAGUUCUCGAUCGAGCUGUGGCUAUAGCUGCUGCUGGAGCAUCUGUGACAGCGCGGGUCCCUUUUCCAUUACAAGAUUCUCAAGUGCUGCAUGAUUUGCUUCCACGACAUUUACCUUAUUUCGACCAAGCUGGAAUACUUGGGCUGUCUUGGUAUAGAGUCAGUCCGGUUCCUUCAUCCGACAUAUCUAAGGAAACUUCUGGGGCUGUUGGGUCAAAGUCAAGUGAUUAUUUUGGCAGACAUACUGUUGGACCUGCCGUUGUUAAUAUUGCAGGUAUACAUUUAGGGUUCUUUUUUAACCUUAAAAAGAGUACAGGAUCGGGAACCAUCAUCAACAAGGAUGGUACAAUCUUGACAUGUGCUCAUGUCGUGGCUAGAGGCACCAGAAGAUCCAAACGGAAGGUUGAAGUCACUUUGCAAGAUGGAAGGACAUAUGAGGGUAAAGUGGUAAAUGUUGACAUGCAUUCAUAUAUUGCUAUUCUGAAGAUCAAUUCUGAAACCCCACUACCAGAAGCAAAACUUGGUUCUUCAAGUACGCUUCGUCCUGGGGAUUUGGUGAUAGCCAUGGGCUGUCCGCAUUCUCUUCAGAAUACUGUCACUGCGGGCAUUGUAAGUUGUGUUGACGGGAAAAGUAGUGAUUUGGGUUUUAGUGGCACGCCAAGAGAGUAUUUACAAACAGAUUGUGCAGUCAAUGUGGGAAAUUCUGGAGGACCUCUUGUCAACAUAGACGGAGAAGUUAUGGCUGCUGAUGGGUUGAGUUUUUCUGUACCAAUCGACUCUGUGUCUAAAAUUGUAGAGCAUUUCAAGAAAAGUGGGUAUGUUAUUGGUUUUAUCCUUACUAUUUUUAUUGCAUAUGCAUUGGAAAAUAGGAU